GCGAUAUUUCAGUUUGAAGUAAGUAUACGAGCAAGUCUGGCGUAUAAUUUUUCUUUUGUGCUAAGAUCAAGGUGAUCCCCUGAGAAAUCGUUGUGGUGGAAAAUAAGUAGAAUGUCUGCCAACGUUCCAGAUCAAUUAUUAGAUGUAGUCUGCUUGUUACAAACUGUAGCUCGACAAAAUGUCCAAAAGCCACAAUUUGAAAAUUUGCAAGAACCGGAACCAGUGGAAGCACCACUGACCAGGCCAAAUAAAAAAAGACGUUUAGAAAAAUCAUACGCGAUUUCCAACCCAUUUGCGGCCACAAAAGAAUCGGAAAACCCGCUCAGAGACCAGUACUUUGAGGCGGUAAAGUUCGCAUCGAAGUUACGGAAAAGGGCACGUAUGGAAACAUUCAAUCCUUUUCACCAGAAAUGCGCCUCAUAUUUGAUCAACAUCUUCUACCGAAUUCCGUUACACAAAUUAAAAGAAGCUGUCGAAUACGCUCAAACGCAGGUGAAUAUUUCAUUGUUGAAUUAUGCUCUUUCGGUAGCACUUCUCCAUCGUGAUGAUGCGGUCGAAGCCAAUAUCCAACUGCCGUCUCAUCUAACUACAGAGCCUGGAAUGUACUCCGAUAUGGAAAAAGUUAGAGAUAACAUGUCCAAUCCAAAAGCAAACCAAGUUAUGGCUAGCGAAGUUCCAAAGAGAUAUGUAGACAUGACUAACAAUUUCACCGCCACCAAUCUUGAUCCCGAAAACAAAGUAGCCUACUUCAGAGAAGACAUUGGACUAAGUUUGCAUCAUCGUCACUGGCAUGAAGUUUAUCCUUUUGAGGCAGGCGAUUUCAUUGCGAAAAAAAAUCGCCGAGGGGAAUUGUUCUAUUACAUGCACCAACAGGCUGUAGCCAGAUACAAUUUUGAUAGAUUCAGCAACGGUUUACCUCGAGUUGAACCGUUUGAAAAUUUCAGGGAACCCAUAAAGGAAGCUUAUUUCCCCAAAUUGAACCAAACGGCUAGAUCCACCUUAUUUAGUUCCAGACCAGCAAAUUGCAAGUGGCAUAAUCUUCACAGAGGAGAUUUUUAUAUCAAAAUUUCCACCAUGGAUCGUUGGAGGGACAGGAUUUUCGAUGCUAUUGAUCGAGGAUACGCAUAUGCCAUAGAUCCACAUACCAAGAAGGAGAUCAUAAAGAAAAUAGACGAAGAAACUGGAAUCAAUGAAUUAGCAAACACUAUUGAAGCUGCAGAAAGUUUAAGUUGGAAUUAUCGAUACUACGGUAAUUUUCACAACACAGGGCAUUUAUUAUUUUCAUAUGUGCACGAUCCGGAUCACAGAUUCCAGGAAGAGAGCGGUGUUAUGUCUGCUUCUGAGGCUGCUAUGAGGGAUCCUCUAUUUUAUCGUUGGCACGCAUUCGUAGAUGACAUUUUUCAACGCUAUAAAAGAACUCUUCCACCUUACACCAUUGAACAGAGACAAUUUAAAGGUAUCGAAAUCAACGACGUAAAAAUUCGAUACCAAGAGCCCAUGCCAGACAAUGAUGAUGACGAUGAAGUGGAUCAUUGUAAUAUGAGCAAUGUCCUCAGAACAUACUGGGAAAAAGAUGCGGUUGAUAUUACUCAAGGUUUGCUCAAACAAGAUGUGAAUGAAACAAAUGAACGUGUCUACGCAGUUUUUACCCAUUUACAACAUAGAGAUUUUGAAUACAAAAUCGAAGUUAAAAACACCCUCCACCACGAUGUGAUUGGAACUGUGAGAAUUUUCUUGGCUCCGCAUGCAGAUGAAAGUGGAUCUCAAGAUACUUUUAAUGGUCAACGAAGAAUGUUCAUUGAAAUGGACAAGUUUACAGCCAAUCUGCCUGCCGAAGAAAUUACCAAUAUCAAGCGUAAAUCCGUCGAAUCGUCGGUGACAAUUCCAUUCGAAAAGACUUUCAUGACUUUAUCUGAUGUCCAACAACUGGUGAAAAAUGAUGAGAAUAAACUUGACAAAGACUGGAUUAAAGCGCAGAACGGGUACUGUGGCUGCGGUUGGCCGCAUCAUAUGUUGAUUGGAAAAGGAGUUCCUGGCAAAGGACUCGAGUGUGAUUUGUUCGUAAUGAUAACGAAUUACGAAGACGAUCGAGUUGAUGAAAGCCCACUACAUCAGGAAUGUUGCGACAAGUCAUCCCUCAGCUAUUGCGGAGUACGUAACAAGAAGUACCCAGACAAGAAACCCAUGGGAUUCCCAUUCGAUCGUACUAUCCCCAAUUUACACGCCACCAUAAACGAUUUCAUGACUGACAAACAAGAAGAUUUUGAAAGACAGAAAAAGGAAGAUCCUGGAAUGGAAAUGCCUCCUCGAUUAUCUAACAUGAUAGUUGUUCCAGUUCGAGUUAAACACGAAGAUGGCCCCCCUACAUGUGGCAAGACCUUGAAGGAUGCCGGAUUCAACGAAGAAAUUUACGUGUAAACAGUUUUACCUACAGUAGAAAAUUCGUUUCAAUUCAUGUAAUUUAAUUAAAUAUUUGCAACUAUC